GGGUCACUCUGACUGAGCUCUUCUGACGUUCAGGGCCUCGGAGUGCUGGUGGAAUCUGAACUUCUGUUUAACAUCUGUAAGAAAGAAGGAGCUGAAGGAACUGUUUCCGUUUCUGAGACACGCUGCUCUCCGCACCAGAAGGUGGCGAUAACCUCCGAAUCUUUGUAAAACCAAAGAAGAAGGUGGAGGAGGAAGAGGAGGACGCUGCGCACGCUGCGCGCUCAGUCGGCUGAAGAUGGCGGAUGCAGAAGCAGUGUCACUGAAAAAGAAGAAGAAGGUGAAGAAAGUCAGUGAAGAUGAUGUUGGGGAAAUCCAGCAGAGCGGAGACUUCUUUAUCCGGCCAGAGUCCAAAGUCGCCUCACUGGACACGUCACAAUGGCCCCUCCUACUAAAGAACUUUGAUAAGCUGAACAUCCGGACGGCUCACUACACGCCGUUACCGAAUGGCAGCAACCCGCUGAAGAGGAACAUCCACGACUAUGUCAGGUCGGGCUUCAUUAACCUCGACAAACCGGCCAACCCGUCAUCUCAUGAGGUCGUUGCAUGGAUCCGCAGGAUUCUGCGGGUUGAGAAAACGGGUCAUAGUGGAACGCUGGACCCGAAGGUCACAGGCUGCCUGAUCGUCUGUGUCGACCGAGCCACGCGAUUGGUCAAGUCCCAGCAGAGCGCUGGUAAAGAGUACGUGGGAAUUGUUCGGCUGCACAACGCCAUCGAGAGUGAGCAUGCUCUGGCCCGGGCAUUGGAGACGCUGACGGGCGCUCUGUUCCAGCGGCCGCCGCUGAUCGCUGCCGUGAAACGUCAGCUGAGAGUUCGAACGAUCUACGAGAGCAAACUGAUUGAGUACGACCCCGAAAGGAGGCUUGGUAUCUUCUGGGUGAGCUGUGAGGCGGGAACGUACAUUCGCACACUGUGCGUCCACCUGGGGCUGAUGCUUGGGGUCGGAGGUCAGAUGCAGGAGCUGAGGAGGGUUCGGUCAGGAGUCCUGGGGGAGAAGGACAACAUGGUGACGAUGCACGACGUCCUGGAUGCUCAGUGGCAGUUUGACCACAACAAAGAUGAGUCGUACCUGCGGCGAGUAAUUUUCCCACUGGAGAAGCUGCUCGUGUCCUACAAACGCCUCGUGAUGAAGGACAGCGCCGUGAAUGCUAUCUGUUAUGGAGCCAAGAUCAUGUUGCCAGGCGUACUCAGGUACGAAGAUGGCAUUGAGGUGAACCAGGAUAUUGUUGUCAUAACGACGAAGGGCGAGGCCAUCUGCACAGCGGUGGCGCUGAUGACCACAGCUGUGAUCUCCACGUGCGACCACGGCGUGGUGGCAAAGAUUAAGAGGGUGAUCAUGGAGAGGGACACAUAUCCUCGGAAGUGGGGCCUGGGACCAAAGGCAAGUCAGAAAAAGAUCAUGAUUCAAAAAGGACUGCUCGAUAAACACGGGAAGCCCAAUGGCAGCACGCCGGCUGACUGGAAGGACCAGUACGUCGACUAUAGCAUCUCCAAGGCGACAGAGGGGUCAGCUGAUGCUUCAGCAAAGAGGAAGCGAGAGGCAACAGAGAGCGAUGGUGACACAACUCCGCCCAGCACACCGUCUGCCGAAGAGGCAAAGAAAGAGAAGAAGAAAAAGAAGAAAGAAAAGAGGCUGAAACUGGAGGAGGUGGAGCCAGAGGAUGCAGGGGCGGAGCCUGAAACUGAGGUCGCAGAGAGCCCCAAGAAAAAGAAAAAGAAGAAGAAACAGAAGGAAGGUGACACAGAGUGACGAUGGACAGGUGAACAGGCAGUUGGCUCCACCCUUAUCGCACCUGCUUGAAUCCAGACAGAUGUGAUGGACAGUAUUCUGGGAAUUCUGCAUGGAAGCAGAACAGAUGGACUUUUUGUAUAAAUUUUUUUUUUUUUUUUUUAUGUAAAUACCUGUUUUUAUUUUCAAAAUAAAAUUGUUUUCCUGAGGGGGUUU